GUUAUCGACGUUAUACCUCCUCCCCUCUUCAAACGAAGAUAAAUUAAAGAAAAAAACAUUGCUCAUCUAAGUUAGAGAUAGAAAGUGGUUAGCGGAAGAGAGAGAAAGAGAAAGCAGGAAAAUGGCGAAGCCUUUGGGAUCAACUGGGGAGUUCUUCAGGAGGCGCGAUGAGUGGAGGAAGCACCCGACUCUCAGCAAUCAGCUCCGCUUCCGCCACGCCGUUCCUGGCCUUGGGCUCGGUGUCGCCGCCUUCUGCGUUUACCUCGUCGGCGAAACCGUCUACAAUCAGUUUUACUCCCCCCCUCAUUCUUCCUCUUCUUCUCACCAUUGAAAUCUGAAGAUCAAUUGCCUACUUGGGUAUGCCAUUCUUCGAUGGAAGCGUGGUAAAGGUGCAGGCGUGCAGCUGAAUCUUGUAUAAUCCUGAUAUGUGGUAUUCAAUAAGUUCUUUCACCCUAAUACAGAUCAUUUAUCUAAACACGGUGGUUCUUUGUGGACUUGAUUUGUUGAUUAGUGUGGAACUUGUGUUUUAUUCAACCUUGUUAACUUGCGGUUUGGAAUGGAAGCUUGGCUUUCAGACAGGCAUUCAAAACUAUUUUGUGUACAACUCUUUGUUUAUUUGUUGAUGUCUCUCUUUGAGGCCACUUUUGUAUCAAAUGUUUUUGAUCCUUUAUAUUGUGUAUUUGGCAUGGCA